AUGCAUUCCCGAGCCUGCACAUCCCGCUUCAUCCUUGCACGGCUGUCGUCUCCGGCAGUCAGGAUGAACUCUUCUGCCGCUGCCGCUGCAGCCAAGCCCGCCUUCUCGGCCGUGCAGCAGGUCACCAACUUUCAAGAGACGAUAGCCAAUCGCCCUGAAUUUGACCACUCAGGCGAGCCCAUCGAGAUCACAAAAUCUCCCGACCCCUCGUGGUCGUUUGGCGAGGGUGUCCGCACCGGCCCUCCCCCUUCUACCCAGGACAAGAUCCACAAAGAGAUCGACCCCUAUUCCCCGGAUCGAUCUGUCUCGCAAAACUACCGUCUCCUAAUUUCCGGCAUUGCUCCUCGCCCCAUUGGUUUCCUUAGCACCCUCUCCGCAGAUGGCAAGACCAAGAACCUUGCCCCAUUCAGCUACUUCCAGGUUGUUGACCAUGAUCCUCCCAUGUUCAUAGUCAGCUUCUCCGCUCGCUCUGGCCUGAUGAAGGAUACUUAUCGGAAUCUAAAAGAGACGGGAGAAUGUGUCAUUAACACCGUCUCUGAGAACAUGAUCGAAGCUGUUAACGCUUCAUCCAUCGAUGCUCCUUACGGUCUUUCAGAAUGGGACCUGACAGGCCUGACCGAAAGCCAAACAACAACAGUCAAACCAUCCCGCGUCAAAGAGUCUGUGCUCUCCAUCGAGGGCAAAGUUAUUGACAUCAAGGAGUUUGAAGGUCACUCCCCAGGCAUGAGCGGUUCCGCCAUCUGCCUCAUCAAGGCAACACGCUUCUGGGUACAGCAAGAUGCGGCAAACGAGGACUUUAGUCAUAUUCACCUAGACAAGCUGCGUCCCAUCGCGCAGCUCGGUGGCAUGUCUUACGGGAGAAUCUCGUCGACUUUUGAGCUGCCUCGCGGUCGGUGGGUUGAUGAACAGCCAAAGAGCGAGCUCCUGACCAGGCUAGAAGAAGCUCACGCAGAUGGUCAAGGCGAGGCAGGGAAGGACAAGCUGUAA